GAUUUCCACUUCCGAUGUAGAAUUCACUUGCAGUGUUUAUCGUGGUUAAACUGAACGUGACAUGGAGUAAGCUGUAGUUAAAAAAAAAAUAAGUGAAAAUAGUUUCUGUAUCAAAAUGGAUGCGGGAUUGCAACAUAUUGCUGAAGAUUUUGGAGUAGGCACAGUGAAACUUUCGAUCCCAACAUGGACACUGCAAGAGACGAUAACUGGAUUAGCUGUGGUUCUAGCCUUGUAUCUAUCAGUCGUUAUAAAGAUAAUACCAACACACAUGAAGAACAGAGAGCCAUACCAACUGAAGAAUAUAAUGUUAGCUUACAACGCAUUCCAAGUCGCCUUCUCAGUUUAUUUAGUGUUCAUCUACCUGCGAUAUAUCUACAGAUUUAACAUAAUCACGACGAGAUGUCCGCAAGGCAACGACUUGAUGGGGGUUGUAGCAGAAAUCUGGCCAUACUUCAUAGCGAAACACCUAGAUCUUCUAGACACAGUUUUCUUCGUCCUCCGAAAGAAGGAUAAUCAGAUCACGUUUCUCCAUCUUUACCACCAUACUUCCAUGGUCACCUGGACCUGGUUGCACUUCAUGUACCAUCCUACAGAUAACUUUGUGGUUGUUGGUAUGCUGAACAGUUUCGUCCAUGUCCUCAUGUAUGCUUAUUAUGGGAUCUCGUCGUUGGGCCCAGAGUACGCGAAGUUUAUUUGGUGGAAGAAGCAUCUGACUAAGGUUCAGCUGAUCCAGUUCAUCUUAGUGGUCUCUCAUCUCCAUUACCAACAGAAGCUCUCUCCGUGUCCAAUCCCCAACUUCUUCCACAACUUCUGUAUGUUCGUCAUCUCUUCCUUCUUUGCUCUGUUCAUGAACUUCUAUAUCAACAGCUACAGAAGUAAAUCUAAGAAGAAUGUACAGAAAGUUGAAAAACAGAAGAACGGCGGCUCAGAGUACGUGGAUGAGAGAUUAGUGAAGGCGCGCUAGAUUUUUAUUUGUGAUAAUUUGUAUGAUUUUAGUUUUAAGAAUAAAU